AUCUCAAACCCAUCUCUCUCUUCUUUCUCACGAGAAGUCUCAUUUGGCCUUCCCUGUUUCACCAUCAUUCUUGGGUUUUCUUGCUUUCUAUCGUUUACCAUCGCCAUCUUCAUACUCAAAUAACUCUCUCUCUCUCUCUGAGGGAUCAAGAAAUGGUGGAUCAUCCGGCGGUGUGUUGCAUGUGCGGCGACAUCGGCUUCCCGGAGAAGAUCUUCUGCUGCAACCGGUGCCGCAACCGCUACCAGCACUCGUAUUGCAGUAACUUUUAUAGCGAGUCGUUGGAGCCGAUCGAGCAGUGCGACUGGUGCCAAAGCGAGCUCAGGAGCUCGUCAAGACACCGCGGUAGCUCCUCCCUUAAAUCGGCAGCCGGGAACGAUGGCGGCAUCAUGAAAUCGGAGUAUUCCGGCAGCGAGAAGAUAAAGCAGCAACAUCGGGAUGACGCCCCCGCCCCCCAUAGAGAAGGGACCUGCAAGGAACCCAGGCAGCGCGCCGUCGCCUCGCACGGCGACGCGCAGGUACAAGCUCCUCAAGGAUGUCAUGUGUUAGCGAGAGACGGAGCAACCUUGGUACGAGCAUCAUAUGCUAUGUUCAUUAUUACCCUCUUGUGUCUGUCUCGAUCGUUUAUCUUCUCUUGAAAAGAAUGAUCACUAGGUUUUGUUUAGGCCAACAUGGGUUGAUUUCGAGUUAGUGGAUCAGAAAUUGUGAUAUUUCUCUUUCGGUAAAAUAAGAAAUUGAGAUGUGAUUGGGUAAAAUUCCGGAAUUUGUCAAAAAUUCC